CCAGACAGGAAGCUCUGAUAACCACACCCCUUCUUCAGAAAGCAGGGGACGGGGACAGUAGAUGGUCUGUUCACUACACUACCCAGAAGCCUCAGCAUGGACUGCACUUCAUUCCUGAGAAAAGACGUUCAGGCAGCGCUGAUGAUCUGCAAGCAUGUAACGGGCUGACUCAGCAAGGCUACUCUCAGUCCCACCCACCGAGUUCCACCUUCUCUCCAUUCUCCGGCCUCGACCAAUCAGUGAGAGGAAAACGCAGAAGGUGGCGAGCCCAAAGCAGAAAGAUGAGGUCCAGAGUCUUGGAUUUUUUCUCUCAUUCUUGCUUUUCAGUUUGUUUCAAGUUUUCCCUUUGGAAGAGAAAGAGUUCAACAUCUUCAGAUGAGGACGAGAGGUUUUUCCUUAACAACACACGGCCCAUGACCCCACUGGUCCUGAACCAGGUUGGUCUCACCUCUGGAUGGGAUGAAUUAGGAUCAGCCAACGGCGCCGCCGUCGAUGUGGAGAUGGAGCCUUUUCAUCGGCUUCCAACACCAGAGGAGAGGAUGAGACAGCAGGCGGAUGCUAUCGCAGCUGACGUUGUUCCUAUCAAUGUAACAGGGGAGAGUUUUGAUCGACAGGCCAAUUUUCAGAGAACCCUCUCUAAUGCAGACUCACUGACCCGGCGAACUCGUAAACUGAGCCGCCGUCAGACCAUUUCUGUGAUACAAAAUUAUGCCAUCCCAAAGCCCUCUGUCUCUGUAGAACUUCCUGGUCAGUUCUCCACAGUGGGUCGACCUGCCUCCUCCUGUUGCACGUCCUCAGAUCAACAGAAGGACACAGAGGUGGAAAUGGAAGAAAGUGAAAUAAUCAAAAAAGAGGGGCUUUUGUCUUCAAGGAGGAUCCGAGCACCAAGAGGAGAGGGCAUGUCCAGCCUCAUGUCUUCCCUUACCACCCCCCCGCUUGUCAAAGGGCACCCUAUUUCCUGCCACUCAACCACCUCUGAAAUCCACAAUCUACCUCGCCUGGCCACCAACUUCUCUCUGAGCUCUGAGUUCAGCUGUAACAGCACCUCCUCCAGGACACUCAGCACCUCCUCAUCUGACAGCCAGGACCUACAAGGCUUUUCUUGCAGCCUUCUGACCUUAUUGCCAAAUGAUCCCGAGGCCAGAGUGGUACCCCAGUCUCCUCCUUCCUCCUCCUCCUCUUGUUGUUUUCCUCCUUCCCCAGUCAACUCCUCCAUGCCUAACACACCAAGUCACAUGCAGCCUGAAUGGUUUCCCAACAAUAAUCCGUUUAAUGAAGCUCCCGCUUCCUCGCAUUACCUCUCUUCCUCCUCCAUUGCGGAUUCUGUGUCUCAGUUUAGUUACAAAGCACUGGAUGACCCAACCUCCUCUCGGCAGAAUGCUCAGAGUUUCUAUGAUGGUGACUCCAUCAAUGGAGAGAGUUGGAGCUACGGGCCUCUGUCCUCCAGCUCCAGCAUCCACAGCAGCAUCACCCAGGACACAGGAGAUACCUCAGAAGAAGUUUGGAACUGUGAUCCCCUGCUCUCCUCUGGUCGCUCCACCCCGUCCUGUGUUGAUAACGACUCCCUGUGUUCAGAGAAGAUAUCUUCUCCUUUGUCUAAGCACGAGAAAAGGAAGUCCAGUACAUCCCCCUUUAACUCUCGUACCAUCUCUCGCAGCAUUUCCCUACGAAAGUCCAAGUGCCCACCUCCUCCACCGAUGCGUUCUGACUCUUUGAGGCGCCGUCCAGGUCGUAGCAAAGCCUACCACACUUCAACAAGUCCUCGUCUGGACCGCAGUCCUUGUGUGGAUUGCACCACCUUGCACACACCCUCCUCUUCUUCCCAGGCCUUCUAUGACCCCUGGGUGCCCCGAAACAACACCAGAAGACGGCAGAGUGGUUUGAACUGUGGGACAGUAACAACCUUUGAACCUUUAUGCCCAAACUCCCAAACGGACUCCCUUACUAACUCUUCCCCUUCCAACAUCAACUCAUCGAGUCCUGACCACUGCCAUGUGCUUGGCCCUGUAUCUCCAGGUCCAAAGGAUAAAGAACUGAAAUUUCCUCCGGACCAGGCCAUACCUGACUCCUCUACAGCCGUGCUCCAGCGCCUUGCUUCUCCAUCCAGUGGUUAUUCCAGUCAAUCUAACACCCCUACCCCUGGCACUCCAGUUUCUUCCCCCCUCAACCCUUCCUCCCCCCUUAAUGGUGAAGGUAGGCCAAAACCACCAGUCCCCCAGAGGAAGUCAUCACUUCUCUCCUCCCUUUCCUCAUUUCCCUCCACAUCCUCCCUUUCCUCCUACACCUCAUCUGAUUCUUUAGCAAGGCAUCCCAAUAAUCCCCCUCCUCUUCCACAAUUGGCUCCUUCCAUAUCCGAGUUUUGUCUCUCUACUACUAAUAAUCCUCCUCCACCAUCUCCACCUCCCCUGCCACAGUCCUUUACUCCCGUUUCUGAGCGCUUUCUUUCUACCUCUUCAUCAGUCCUCUCUAAACCCCCUACACCUCUUCCCUCUCCUCUUCUUCCAGAGUCUGCCUCUUCCUUUCUUUCUAAACCUCCUCCUGCCCCACCCCUUCCUGAAUUCUGCCUCCCUGAUCCAUUGUCUUUUAAGAAACCUCCUCCUCCUCCACUUGUAUCUUCUCUCCCAACUCUAUCCCUCCCCAUGCCUCCUCCUUUACCUCCAUUUGUCCGUCCUCCUCCUCCUCCCUACUCAUAUGCUGUGAGCAGGAGAUCCCACCAAUAUCUAGUUUCCACAGGGUCAUCUACUUUAAAUCCACUUGUAACUUCCAAGUCACCUUCCUUACCUGAAUGCACAGACAUACAAGACCUUCCUCCUCCACCACUUCCACCACCACCUCCUCCUCUGCCUUCACUCUCCAAACCCUCCACCUCUUUCUUCUUCCCAUCAAGAAUGUCUCCAAGGCCUCCCUGCAUACUGAUCACUCCUCAGGCUUUGCAGUGCAUCAAGCUUCACUCUGUCAAGAACCAGGAAAUCCUUCAAACCAAGGAUAACCCUACUGAGGCUACACUUCAUCCCCAAAUUAGCAUUUCAAGAAAUGAGACUAACCGAAGUGAAAAUGCCCAACUAGACUGCAUUGAGCUGGACAAAAUUACUGUUGACUGCUUAAACACUGAUGCUAAGCAAUCAGGUUCAGGAGAAAAACAUGAUAUCUGUGCAGUAGCCGACAGGGAAGCAACCACAUCAAUGGCUAACCUUCAAAGCCCAAUCAGUACAGAAAUAAAACAGCAGGAACCCACUAACAACAACCAAACAGAAAGUGAGUCUGGGAAUUCCAAUAAUGAGUCAGGUGAUUCUAAUCUUCAAAGACCACAAGGCAGCUCAGCUAAGCCGAAAGACCAUGAUAUUCAGCUACCAUUACCACAAACCACCCAUUCCAAUGGGAAACAAAGGGAGGAUUCAGACAUGAAUAUAGCAAACUUUCAAGUCCAAAAUCCUGAGAGCCCUCAGGAAAAAAUGUGUCAUGAUGCUGACAAAUAUAAAUUUAACACCGAUAUCAAGGCUUUUCCUUUGGAACAACACCCUCAAGAAACAGACUCAUUAGAGGAGACUCUGAGAGAAAACAAGUCAAGACUCUCGGAGAGCAACAAAGAAGACGAGAAUAAUGAAAAAAAUAAACUUGAUGGAAAUUCAACAAAUGUUGAUGCGAAACACAAUAACAAGGACUUUAUAUCAAGGAGCUCAAGGAGGUUGCCCUCCCCUGAGAAACCGAUCCCGCCAAAGAAGCCUGAUCUUUGUCUUCUGGGUCUCAUGGCAUCUCCCAAGGCCAGAAGAGAACCUGAUUGGCCAAAGAGCCCUGGACAAAACAUAGAGUCUUCUUCUGGACUAAACAGCCAACUGCAGAGUCUCUCUGAUUCCUUAGAGACUCCUUUUCUUACACAUUUGACUAACGGUAAACUUUUUCCAAAGCACUUGACAAGCACCUGUGUCCAAUCAGUGAUACCUGAAAGUUCAAUUAACAAUACCCGCUCACCUUUCAGUUCCCUUCAAAGCCAGGAGCCACAGAUUUUACCCAAGAAGCCAGAUCUCUCAUUCACCUCCCCCAAAACAGCAAAGCCAGUAUUUGAUUCUAAAAAAAAUGGUGCAGGUCUAAAAGAGACCACAGGGACCAGUGGUAUUUUACAGACUCAAACCACUAUGAGGACCAUUAGCAGCUUAGAAACAAUGAACAACACAAAGGCUAAAAACACUUCUGAGGAGAUCUGCAGCAUCUUAGAGGACUUGAAGAUCUGUGGAAGUCAUGACCAGUCAUGGUCCAUAGGGAUGGACCCUUCAAAAGUCCCUAAAAGUGCAUUCAUUAGGACUGGAGGAACCCAGACUUUCCUACCAAACCAUUUUUGUGGCAGGAUUAUUGAAACUAAAUUUCAGGAUGAGGUCAAAACAAAUCAUAGGAGGAUGAUGAGGUCCUCAUUGGCUGAAGAUGAAGAGGAAGAUGAGCAGGAAACUGUGGAGGAAAGCGAUAAACAGACAGUUAUAAUGACGAUGAUGACUUCAUCUAACAAAAAGGACAAAGUAAAAAAAAGGAGGAAGAGGAGGCCAGGCAGGCAACUGCUGAUGAGAUCACCUAAAACGGAACCUUCUCCCUCAUCGUCAUCAUCGUCAUCAUCAUCAUCAUCAUCAUCAUCAUCUUCUUCAUCCUCAUCAGAAGACGAACGAGAUGUAAAAAAAGGCAAACGUGGGAGGCUGAGAAUAAUGAAAGUGUGCAACCAAGAGACAAGUGACUCUGAAGGUUGCUGCUCUCUGACUGGUCAGAGCAGGUUCUCCCUCAACAGUGUGCUGUCCACUGAUACCCUGCAGGGAGAACUGUCUCUCCCAGACCUCCUGAUAAAGGAACCAGACGAAGAAGCAGAGGAGCAAGUAAAGGGAGAGGCCCAGAGGAGAGUCGAAGAGCUCAAGGAGGUUAAGAGACCUUCAGAUGAUGAUGUGUUCGUCAGCGUUUCAGCGGAUCAGAUGUAUGUCUCGGGUCAUCCUCGAACCACAGAGGAUCUGUUUGCCAUCAUCCACAGAUCAAAACGGAAGAUGCUCGGAAGAAGAGAUUUAGACGGGGAGAAGCAAUUUGCCUCCUCCUCCCCUCCUGAGACUCCCACUGACCCCCCAUCCCACCUGACCCGACCUGCAGCUGCCAGGAGUCACAGAUCAGGGAGGAGUGACAGCUUUAAGGCGCUCCUAUUGAGGAAGGGAAGUCGACUCGAGUCAUCUUCUCGAAUCUCGGCGGUCGAGCGUCUUCGUGUCAUUCAGGCUCCAACUAUCCAGACGCCACCUCCUCCUUCAACCCCACACCAGUCAAAACCUGGGAGCCCCUCUUGUACGGUGGAGAACACCGACCUCCUCCUGAGUGUGAACGUCCCAGAACCUCCCACAUCUCUCUGUACCCUCUCCCUGAUGUUCGGAUGGAGGAGACAGGACAACCAACUCCUCCUCACCUCCACCUCUCCCUCGUCCUUCUUCAUCUUCUCCUCCACCCACGUUCGACCUCGCUCCCUCACUCCUCCCUCCUCUGCCUCGCGGCGCUUUGCAUCUCGCUGCCGCCUCUCCUCUGCUCCGAUGACCGCCAUCUUUGAAGGGGAGGAGGAAGAGGAGGAGGUUCUUGUCGAGGCACGUGGAGACUCGAACCCGAGACGAGUUGAGAUUUCUUAA